CACACAACAAGACCCUCGCCAGGAAGAUAACGGAUAUAUGAAGAGGGAGAAGUGAUUUUAGCAGCACAUGUUUGAGUCUUCUUUUCAAGAUAUCUGAAGAAAAGGCAGUGAUAAUUUGGAUAGCAGAGUAUAUUACAUGUGCUUUCAAAAAAGAAAAACAUGACAUCUGAAAAUGGAAGACAGAUCUAGCAGCAGCUGAGAGAGACCUGCAUGUGACAGUUUGGAACUUUUUAAUCACACUUGGGACACAAGGAAUUGCGAUUCAUUCCCCACAUUUACACAUGCCAGUGGGGCACCGACUGUUGGAAGUGGCUACCUAGCUAAGUUGAGCUCUUUUAACAACGUUCUGUCUGCUGAUAUAUGAAAGAAAAAAUGUGGCUGCCUGUUUAUUUUAUUUUGAGCUGCAAUCUUGUCCUCAUUUCAGGAUACAACUCCUUUCGGAAAAGCAUAGAGACUCUAGGCAAGAAACAGUACCAAGUCCAGCAUGGAUUGUGUAGCUAUACUUUUCUUUUGCCUGAGAUGGAGAACUGCCGAUCUUCUUCUACCUCCUAUGUGUCUAAUGCAGUGCAGAGGGAUGCACCUUUAGAUUAUGAUGAUUCUGUACAAAGGCUUCAGCUGCUCGAAAACAUCCUGGAAAACAACACUCAGUGGCUAAUGAAGCUUGAAAAUUAUAUCCAGGACAACAUGAAAAAAGAAAUGGUAGAGAUUCAACAGAAUGCUGUACACAACCAGACAGCAGUAAUGCUCGAAAUAGGCACAAACCUAUUAAAUCAAACAGCUGAACAGACCCGCAAAUUAACAGAUGUUGAAGCACACGUAUUGAAUCAGACAACAAGACUUGAACUUCAGCUUCUGGCACACUCCCUUUCAACAAACAAAUUAGAAAGGCAGAUUUCGGAUCAGACCAGUGAGAUAGGUAAACUGCAGGAAAAAAACAGCUUUUUAGAAAAAAAAGUCCUCGAAAUGGAAGACAAGCAUACACUCCAGCUACAGUCAAUAAAAGACGAAAAAGAAACGCUUCAGUCACUAGUUUCCAGACAGAAUGCCGUAAUAGAAGAAUUAGAGAAACAGCUGGUCACUGCCACAGCUAAUAACUCAUUCCUGCAAAAACAGCAGCAUGAUCUGAGGGAGACUGUGCAGAAUCUAUUUUCUAUGAUCGCUACACCGAAUCCAUCCAAGAACGCUUUAGUGGCUGGAGAAGAACAGCUCAGUUUCAAGGACUGUGCUGAAGCAUUCAAAUCAGGACUUACAACCAGUGGAAUCUACACAUUAACAGUGCCUAAUACAGGAGAGGAGAAAAAGACAUAUUGUGACAUGGAAACCAGUGGAGGAGGUUGGACAAUUAUUCAGCGGCGCUCAGAUGGCACAGUAGACUUUGACCGAACAUGGACUGAGUACAAAGAGGGAUUUGGGAAUCCUUCUGGGGAGUAUUGGCUGGGAAAUGAGUUGGUUUCUCAACUAACCAACCAGAAGCAGUAUGUUCUCAAAAUACAUUUGAAAGACUGGGAAGGAAAUGAGGCAUUUUCCUUAUAUGAACAUUUCUAUCUAGCAAAUGAAGAACUAAAAUACAGGAUCUACCUUAAAGGACUUACGGGUACAGCCGGCAAAAUAAGCAGCAUAAGCCAACCAGGAAAUGGUUUUAGCACAAAGGAUGCAGACAAUGACAAAUGCAUCUGCAAAUGCUCACAAAUGCUCACAGGAGGUUGGUGGUUUGAUGCAUGCGGUCCUUCCAAUCUGAAUGGCCUCUAUUAUCCACUGCGACAGAACACAAAUAAAUUUAAAGGGAUUAAGUGGUACUAUUGGAAAGGAUCAGGCUAUUCUCUCAAGGCGACAGCUAUGAUGAUCAGACCAGCAGAUUUCUAAAAACAUUCCUACUUUGCAUGAAGGGCACAUUGAAAUAACUUUUAAAAUACUUCAUUUGACAUUUAAAACCACAGAUACAACUGGACUGGUUUUCCUGCCUGGACGACACCCAUGUGCACCUUUGUUGAAGGAAAGGCGGGAUAUAAAUUUAAUUAAUAAAUAUGUAUCUGGCAGGAAUCAACUGGUUUCGAGACACGAUUUCAACAGCCACCAAACUUCAUCACAGCUAUAUACGAAGGAAGCAUUGAUAUCGGAUGCAAUAAUGAUUUGGCAAAAGAAAGUAAGAAGGACUUUAAGGACUGUUACCUUGAACAUUUAUGAUGUGUGCACAUAACUGGAACUGUGAAGGACAUCAAGAUCCAUCUAAAGUUACUAAAGCUUCAGAAAUACUACUUUAUGCCUUAUCAUUGAACUCUAAUGGCUACCUUCAAACAAGGACACUUCUUUGUAAACUAUAUCCUAUUCCUGUCUCAUGCCAUGGCUGUAAUUAUGUACAUAAUGCGUUCUUUGUAAUUAACUCCUGUACUCAGAUUCUUAUCAUUAGUAAUCACAUGUUCAGGGAUGUUUGAUAGCACAUGCUAGUAUAUUUAAUAAGGUUUUGUGAAAAUAGUGUUGUGCUUCACACGUCUUCUUUAAAAAUCCAGUACAGAGUGUAUAAUAGUAGACUACUAUUUCUAUUUCUUAAAAUAUCAGAUAUUUGUAUCAGUAUUUUAAAACACAUUUUAAAUAUCCCUACAGCUUAUAGAGUUUUAUUAUGUGACCCAAUAUCAUUUGUAAGGAAAUUGCACUAUUUUUCUUCCCUAGUUUCUUUUUGUUAAAAUAAUACCUGGUAAUUAAAAAUUCUCAGUAUUUUGGACAGAUUUGGGGGGGGGGACUGCUUCUGUUUCUCUAGCUGAAAUUUAGAGAUGGAGUAGAAGUUUGUAAGUUUGUAUUAUCCUUUACCAACAAGCACUCAACCAAGACAAAAAAGAAAAAAAUUACCUAUUAACAUUUGAUCUGAUAUACUGCAAACAAAUCAGUAUCAUCACUCCAUAAUUCUAAGAUAAGUUUGAC